AUGAAUUCUAAACAACUUACACUUGCGGAUCCCUUGAAAUAUGAGUACUCUGGGUAUAUCCGGGACCAAUUGGCGGGCCAAAAGGUUUCUCACGUAACAUUAACGAUAGGGAAACAUAUACAACUGGUUGAAGAAUUGAACUAUAUAUUGGCCAAGUACUAUAGUUACACGCGAACCUUGGUUCCCGAUUACCAGGUAGAGAUAGAUAUCUUGUUCCAUCGGAAGAGUGCAACGGACAACGGUCAUGAUCAAGUUCAAGAUCUAGGUGAAAAAGUAGACGGCGGUAGUCCGUUGCCUUUGAAUAAAGACAGUUUCUUAUCGGAGCAGAAGAGUAGUAGCCCGCAUACUUACUCUGUGGGGGCCGUGGGGGGCACUUUUGAUCAUCUUCAUGAUGGGCAUAAAAUACUACUUUCCCUGGCAAUAUAUGUUUCAUAUACAUAUUUGAUAAUUGGCAUCACCGGAGCCGAGCUCUUGAAGAAUAAGAAAUAUAGUGAAGUAUUGGAGUCAUUUGAAGUUCGGAUGAACCGGGUGAUAAACUUCAUCGAACGCCUAAAGAUUCCCAUAAACUAUCAAAUCUAUGAGAUAAACGACAUUUGUGGACCCACGGGGUUUGUAAAGGAUAUCAAUACCUUGAUUGUGAGUGGGGAAAGCAUCAAAGGAGGAGAUUAUGUCAAUAAGUAUCGUGAGCAAAAGGGGUUCCCCCAACUAGAUGUCAUUGCUAUUAAGGUCAUUGGUUCAGAGAACGCAGAUGUCUCUAAUAGUUGGCAGGGGAAAUUGAGUUCAACAGAUAUUAGGAAAGCAGAAUAUAAGAAGAAAUAUGGUAAUUGA